GCACGCCGGGAAUUGUAGUUCCGGAAGCCACGCCGGGGGCGCACAGAGAUAUGUGGCCCCGAGUGCUGCUUGGGGAGGCCCGGGCGGCUGCAGGCGGAUACGGUGCUGUCUUGUCUCGCUUCGCCGUGCGGUUCUCUCUGCCAUGGACUGCUGGAAGCGGCUCACCCCUGCGGAGGAGCCUCCAUGGAACUGUUCCGCGAGCUUUCCCGCUCAUCCCCAUAGUGGUGGAACAGACGGGUCGAGGCGAGCGCGCUUAUGACAUAUACUCGAGGCUCUUGCGGGAACGCAUCGUGUGCGUCAUGGGCCCGAUUGACGACAGUGUCGCCAGCCUGGUGAUCGCUCAGCUGCUGUUCUUACAGUCUGAGAGCAACAAGAAACCCAUCCACAUGUACAUCAACAGCCCAGGUGGCGUGGUGACUGCGGGCCUGGCCAUCUACGACACAAUGCAAUAUAUUCUGAACCCCAUCUGCACGUGGUGUGUAGGACAGGCUGCCAGCAUGGGCUCCCUGCUCCUCGCUGCUGGCAGCCCAGGCAUGCGCCACUCACUGCCCAAUUCCAGAAUCAUGAUCCACCAGCCCUCUGGAGGUGCCAGGGGCCAAGCCACAGACAUCGCCAUCCAGGCCGAGGAGAUCAUGAAGCUGAAAAAGCAGCUGUACAACAUCUAUGCCAAACACACGAAGCAGAGCCUGCAGGUGAUCGAGUCGGCCAUGGAGAGGGACCGCUACAUGAGCCCCAUGGAGGCCCAAGAGUUUGGCAUCUUGGACAAGGUCUUGGUGCACCCACCUCAGGAUGGGGAGGAUGAACCAGAACUGGUACAAAAGGAGACUCCCACAGCACCGGCCGACUCUCCUGCCCCAGCGAGUACCUAGGGCCUGACCUCAUCUCUAGGAGUGUGAGACCCAGGACUGCUCCACACUCUGUCUGCUGAGCCCAGAGGUACCCCUGAAGAAGAUGUGGAUUGAGGCUGCCCGCCGGCCUGAGACACUGUGACUUUACAUUAAACCUUUGUGGUUUUUGUCCCAUGUCUGAGGCACUUCCAUUACCUCUCCAAGACAUCAGGCCGCUUUCACUUUGACUCCACGACAAACCACUUUGUUUGUUUGUCGAGACAGGGUUUCUCUGUGUGAACCUGGCUGGGCCUCAAACUCAUAGAUCCUCCUGCCUCUGCCUCCUGAAUGCUGGGAUUAAAGGUGUGCUCUACCGUG